UAAUUAUUAAAUUUGAUAAAAUAAACUAUUAAUUUGAAAUUAUUCUUGAAAAUGAUUUGUAAUUUUUUCCCAUUUAAAAUUACCGAAGCAUUUUGUUGUGUUAAAAGUCGUUUGCAAUUUGCAGGGUGUUGAUAAUAUUUUCGUAGAGUAGAUCGCCAGAUUUAACAUCACACACAUUGAUUCCAACGAAGCAUGUCUGCCUUCUCCGCCCAAAUGAACCUCCCUCCUCCUCCUCCUUAUAUUCCUCUCUCUCCUCUUCCUUUCAUUCCGCCCUGCUCCCUCCUGUUUCAUCCCCAUCGGCGCCGCCGCCGCCACCACCACCACCACCACCACCACCGUCUCUCACUCUCUCGUCAUGGCUCCUGCCUACGAACCCCUCCUUGCCGGAGAAACUUCAUCUAACAACAACGAUAGCAAUAUUAUUAUAACCCAAGAUGAAGUGCCCAUCAACAAAUCUAGAGUCACAGUCGUCGGUAGUGGCAAUUGGGGCAGUGUCGCCGCCAAGCUCAUCGCCUCCAACACCCUUAAACUUGCCAACUUCCAUGAUGAAGUGAGGAUGUGGGUAUACGAGGAGGUUCUGCCCAGCGGCGACAAACUCUCAGAGGUCAUCAACCAAACCAAUGAGAAUGUUAAAUAUCUUCCUGGUAUAAAACUUGGCAACAAUGUUGUUGCAGUCCCAGACCUUGAACAUGCAGAAUUUGCAGUCAGGGAUGCAAACAUGUUAGUUUUUGUGACCCCACAUCAAUUCAUGGAAGGUAUAUGCAAAAGGAUAUCUGGAAAGAUAAGGGAAGAUGUAGAAGCAAUUUCCCUCAUCAAAGGAAUGGAGGUCAAGAGGGAAGGCCCAUGUAUGAUCUCUUCCCUCAUAACAGAACACCUUGGGGUUAAUUGUUGUGUUUUGAUGGGGGCAAAUAUUGCCAACGAGAUUGCAGUGGAGAAAUUCAGUGAAGCCACAGUUGGAUACAAAGAGAACAGAGAGAUAGCAGAGAAAUGGGUUCGGCUAUUCAAUACUCCUUAUUUCAUGGUCUCAGCUGUACAAGAUGUGGCAGGAGUUGAACUAUGCGGGACCCUGAAAAAUGUUGUGGCGUUGGCAGCAGGUUUUGUGGAUGGUUUGGAGAUGGGAAAUAACACAAAGGCUGCAAUAAUGAGAAUUGGUUUGAGAGAAAUGAAGGCCUUUUCCAAGCUGCUGUUCUCAUCUGUUAAGGAUAGCACCUUUUUCGAAAGCUGUGGUGUGGCUGACCUUAUAACAACCUGCUUAGGGGGAAGAAACAGGAAAUGUGCAGAGGCUUUUGCUAGGAAUGGCGGGAAAAGGUCUUUUGAUGAGCUUGAAGCAGAGAUGUUGCAGGGGCAGAAAUUACAGGGUGUCUCAACAGCAAAAGAGGUUUACGAGGUGUUAAGCCACCGGGGAUGGUUAGAGUUGUUCCCACUAUUCGCAACAGUGCAUGAGAUCUGCAUCGGUAGUCUUCCACCAACAUCCAUAGUCGAAUACAGCCAAAGUUGAAAACAGUGAGCACAAAUUCUUCCUAUUAGAAGGCUUUGCUCACUUUUACUGAUUCUUCCAUUGAUACUAUAUAUUUAUUCAUACAGCAUAUUUCAAACUAAACUACUUGUAGUUGUAGUCAGCUUUGUUGUAGUCAGCUUUGUUGGCCUGUGCUACAAAGUAUGAACUUUACGGCUAUAUUUGUCUUGUUUGAUUCAUAUACCAUUUGGUGGUCUCUCGGUGAGUUAUAGGUUCGAAAUGUAGCAUGAUAGCAUGUUUAAUGCUUCUCUUUUGUGUAAUGACAACAGUAUCAACCUAUAAAAGUUCCUUUUAUCUUGUGUUUCAGUUCUAUUAAAUGUGAUUUGUUUGCCUAUUGUAUAUGGCAUUGGACAAAUUUGGAGUACCUAUCAUGUGCAAGUGCUGAACCAUAUUAUUAGUAAUCAUGGAGUGUCUGCAGAAAAUCUUGUGCCUAGUGUCGAAAUUUUAAAGGACCAGCGGUACGAUCUUCUUUUUGUUCCCUCCAUGGCCAAAAUGGAAAUUUAUACAUCUCCCAUGGUGAUUGUACAAGCAGCGCACUCAGCGAAAAUAGGUGGGGAAAAAAAAGGCAUUAACAUGGAAACAGGAUGAUAUCUAAAGUCAGAAAAGCAAAAGAGCAAGGAUACAUUCGAUACAAUCCCAUUUUGACACCACACCCUAUUUCAUUUUUUGCCAUUAUAGAGCUUCCACAAACCAACUAAAAUGCUGGAAGACCAUAAAUUAAACAAAGAAAAAAAG